AUGGGCGAGCGCAGUGCCGGUGCUCGCAAUGAGGUGUGGUGUUGUCCCAAGAAAAAGUGUGGUUUCAAAACGAAUUUCUCGUGGAAACAGUUCUGCUACAAGUGCGGUGCUGCACGCCCUCCUGCGCCUGCUUCCGUGCAGCAGCAGCGUGGGCCGCAAGGUGCCUGGGCGGACGGCCCGCCUCGCUCAGCCGCUGCUCGGCCCAAGCACAAGCUGCUCGAGCCCGCGCAGCUUGACAAGAUCGUGCGCAUGUCCAACGAUGGCUUCGAGGUGUGCAAAGGGCUUCUCUCGCCCUCCCAGCGUGCUCGCGUCGUGGCACAGCGUGCCCUUGCUGCUGGUGACCCUCGUGCUGUUCAGCGUCAUGCGCAGUCGUUGUUGGACGAUCUCAAGAAGCAGAUCGCCCACGUCUCCAAGCAGAUCGAGAAGGUCGAGUCGGUCGUGCGGAGCAGGGUCCUGGAGCUCGUCAAGCUCAAGGACAACCUCUCGUCGCUCGAAGGCCAGGAGCGAGUCGCCUCCGCCAAGGCCUCAGCGGCAUGGGCGCAGUGUGCCGCUGGUGGUGCGGGGGCUCUCGAUGCCUCUGGCGCUGCGGUGUCGGCCGACGACCCCGCGUUCGCUGCCACCGAUCACGGCUACGAGUCUGACGAGCUGGACGACCUCAGUGGCGACGGCAACGCCAUGGAGGACGCCCCGCCUGGAGAAGCACGUGCUGAACCUGCCCCAGCCAACGUUCGUGAUGUGGAGGCUGCCGCGCUGGCAAAGCUUUCCACUGAGCAAGGGUUUAAUGCUUUCCUUGCCCAGCGCAAGAUUCCGCGCAAGCACGCGGAGAACAUUCUCGGGGGUAUCAAUGUUGCAGCGCAGAAGAAGUUUCGGCUCACUCCCUUCAGUGAGGGAGACGACGACGCUGGCCAGGCCAAGGACUGGGCCCUGAUCACCGCCAAUGUUGGAGGCCAGCUUGGGCUCGACGCGUAUUUGUGUGAGUGUAUUGCAAGUGGCGUUCUCCUCGUGCAGGAGACCGGGAUCCCUGCCUCGUCGGUGGAGCCGACUGAGGCGCGCCUCCGUCAGAUCGGCUGGUCAGCCUCUCUCACGGCCGCGUUGCCCACGCUCGGCAAUCCCACUGGCGGGCUGAUCACGGCCACGCCCAAGAGGAUUGGUCUUGGCGCUGCAGGCGUGGCGUUCUUGAUCGGUGGCGAUUGGAAUAUACAUCGCACUGAUCUGCAGCAGACUGGAUGGGUUGAUGCCAUGGAUGCAGUCAUCGUCGCUCCAGCUGGCGGCACGUGCCGCCCAGCCAUGAGGUGCAUCGACUUUUUCGUCGUCUCGAGGGUCAUCGCAGGUAGGUGGGAGCCCGCGGUCGCGUUGUGUUCCGAUCCUAACGCCUCUGUGCAGUCAGUGUCCUCUGGUCUGACCUUGCGCGAGAUCCUGUGGGUGCCCACAGGCGGCAGCUCGUUUCGGCUGCCCAUCGGCUUUCAGGCUGAUCUGCUGCCGCUGCUCUCGGCGAAGGCGCUGGCAGAGCUGGCGGACGUCGAAGCCAGAGGCCGAGUGGAGAAAGUGGUGGUCCGUGGGGCAAGCGAGGCGUUCGGGCUGGUUCAGCACCGACAUCUCAUCUCGGCCGCGCAGGCCACCUGCUUUCCUAUGUGGCAAUUGUACCUCCUGGUGCAGAUCUAUCGGGCUCCUAGGCUGCUUGACGUGGCUGGCGAGGUUGGUUCGUUGUUGGAUGUGGAGCAGACCGUCGUGCCAGGCUGUGCAUUUGCCACCUGUACGCUUCAAUUGGUGCUGCUAGGUCCCCUCGACGCCGUUCAGGCGUCCUUCCCGACGGCCCAGCUGUCAGUCAAUGUUGACGACUUCGGCCUCAUGAGAUGGGGUGCGGAGUCGAGAGUUGUGCAUGACGUCGUCGGUGCGGGUAAGAAGCUCCACAGUGAGCUCAAGGCCGCUGACCUUAGGAUCGCCGUCGACAAGUCCCGAGUGCUUGGGAACUCGCCUGCGGUUAGAGCCUCGAUCGCUUCGAAGCUCCGUAGCCUUCAACCCCUGCCCGUGAGAGCUGAGAGAAACCUCGGCGUCGAUUUCUCCCCUGGGCUCGCUGGAGGGGGCAAGGCCACGUCCGCCUCCCGUGUCAAGGCCAUGAGCAAGAGGCGGCAGCGCAUGUCGAUCCUCAAAGGAUCUAAACCUCGUCACCGCGUGCUCGGGCGCAUGGCUCGAAGUGCCCUGGAGUCUUCCGUGUUGUAUGGGUCCGCCGUGGUGGGCAUUAACGGGCAGGAGUUAGAGGUUUUCAGAGGUGCAGCUGGUAGGCUUCAAGACCAUCGCAUGGGUGGCAAAUCUCGCACCCUGGCCCCGUUACUGGCUCCUGUGCCCCGUUUGGACCCCAUUUUCAGGGCCACGUGGUUGCCCGUGAAGGCCUUCCUCCAUGCUCUGUGGCACUCCUGGCUUCCUAGGGGCGCCCUGGACUGCGGCCUCCGUGAGGCCCACGAGCGGCUAUCGAUUCUUGAGCACCCGUGGUCUUCCAUUCGGGGCCCAUUCAGUGCUUUGUGGGCCACCCUCAAACGUGUCGGGAUCACGGCUACGUCGGCUACCUCCUGGACUUGGCCCGAUGGGGCUGUCAUCAAUCCCACGGACUUCUGCCCCGUCACCAUCCAGGAGCUCGUGUACCGUGCCGUCGAGUGUUGGCAGUUCGCCAAGAUAGCUGACCACCUGGACCUCCCCGAGUUUGGCAACGGUGUCAUUCUUAGCCCCCUGAAGGCCCUGCUCAGCACCAAGAGUAAGCUCACGGCCCAGCAGAGAGGCCACCUGCGCAGCACUGUGGUUGGGGGGCAGUGGCCCCAGAAGCGUCAGUGGGCCGAGGGAUAUGACACCACGCCUGCUUGCUUGAUCUGCCCUCAGGCCGAAGGCACGCUGCUGCGCAGGCACUGCUCUUGUUCGCGCCUCGACAGCCUCGAGGGCGCCCCUGCGUUUCGUGCCAAUGUAGCGCGAGCAGCGCACUCGCCGCUAGCCCUCGCCUUUGCUGAACGCUGUCUGGUUCCUUUUUCCCGCACUGGAGAGGCCGCCGCCUGGGCGACCAGUGUGCUGGAGCUUGGAGGGCCUGACAUCUUCACGGGUGACAUCUACCCUGAUGGAUCGGUAUUCGAAGCUGAGCAUCCCAGCCUCGCGAGUGCGGGCUGGGGGUGCGCGGCGCUUCAUCCCGAUUGCCUUCAGGUUGUUUCUUUUUGCUCUGGUCCCGUGCUUGACCCGUUGCAGUGUAUCAAUGCUGCCGAGCUCAUCGCAGUCAUCCAUGUGCUGCGCUUCGCAGCGCCGCCAGUACGCAUGUUUUCGGACUCUGCCUUUGUCGUGGAUGGCUUCCACGAGCGUGGUCGUGUGGCCGCCGCUGCCUGUGUCGCCGCGCGCGCUCACCUCUGGAGGGAGUUCUGGCGGUUGGCUGAUGACUGGGGGGGCGGGUUCGAGCUCUCGAAAGACAAAGGCCAUGCGGCCGUAGGUGAUAUCCAGCAUGGGCGCGCCACGGCGCGCCACAGGUUUGGCAAUAUGAUGGCAGACCGUGCUGCAAGGAGUGCUGCUGCAUUUGCGCGGGUGCCGCGUCAGGACCGUGCGCAGCUGCAGGCCCGCUUUAAGGUUGUCAAGACUUGGGGAGGCUGGAUUGGCCGACUCGGCGAGGGGUUGGAAGAUUGCGGACACCCCAAGCGACACAAUCGUGGCAAGCCGCGUCUUCCACGGCUUUUUGUUGUGCGAGAGCCCGCCCCAUCCCGCGUUGCCUCUCGCGUGCUGGCGGCGCAGAGGAAGCUAGAGGAUGGAGCGCGCAAGCAUGACCUUGUUCGGAUUGCCCUGUGCGAAGGUCCCACGGUCGUGGGCUGUGCGCGCUGUGGCAACUUCGCGGCUGUUCGCGUUGCAGCUCUCGGCCAGCCAUGCCCGCCUGUGGCCACUGAUCAUGCCAUGAAGGUGCUCAAGCGGCUCGGCAAAGGUGAGUUUCGCCUCGGUGCUAAGGUGUUUCGGGUCGCUGCGCAGGCGCCGCUAGUAGAGGCCGCCGCCGCCGACUCUUUCGACGCCUCCCAGCUGGAGGCGUGCGACGACACGCAUUGGAAGCACCCCUGCUGGAGGCAGGCGCGGCCAGCGAAGGUGCCAGCAUGGCCCACCCCUCGGAGUCGCCCCGGCGAUCUGCUGGCGGUGCUGGAGCUCAUGUGGAGCACGAACGCGAAGAAGUCGAAGGGCAUAGACAUGAUGGAACCACUGGAAGUGCAGAGACUGCUGCGCCGAGGAGUUGAGCAGCUGCACGAUGUCCUGUGCAAUGUGCAGAAGCAGGGGAUGUGGCCAGGUCAGCUCUUCCCGGUCAUAGGCGCCGAGAAGCAGGUCACGGAAACCAUGGUCGAGGUCGGGGGUCGCAUAUGCGAGCAGUUUCGGCAGGCUGCCGUUGGCAGCGUCGAGACGCUGGAGAUCGGCGAAGGGGCCGAUUGGAGCUGCAGCUGCCGCGUCGAUGGAGAUCGGAUGGGCGCCGCAUUCGCCGAUGCAAUGGGAAUCAGGCAGCUAUGGGGCAUGUCGGCGCACCACUUGGAUGGUGGUGACCUGCAGGGCGGCGCCGACAUGCACCAGGCGCGCAGGGGGCUGAAGCGUCUCAGGAUCGAUGACGCGACCGACGACUGGGCGCUGAAUGUCGGGGCCGUGACGGGCGGCCAGUGGACGCGUGAGAGGCCCAGCCAGGCGGGGCGCAACGUUCCCAGCCUUCUGCCCGCGGCGCCAGAAGUUGGCGCUUGCGUCCUGGGGGCAUUGCCCACUUGUCCCAACGGGACCUCCAACUGGGACGGCACGGGGACGCGUUUUUUGAGUGCCGGCCCCACAGACAUCAAAACGGGGCUCGCCGCCCCCGUGUGGCUGGGCUUCGGCAGCGAGGAGAGCACGGCAGCGCCGAGGCGCGGCUCUCUCGAGCCCUUUCGCCCGUGCCGCGGCAGGCGAACCAAGGCGGAGCACAAGAAUGCCUUCGGCCAGUCCGUCCCUGUCUCGGUAGGCGAGCGCGGUAGCGCCGAGGCGCGGCUUUCCAGAGCCAGCUCGCCCCAGUUUCAGCAGGCAAGCCAUGGCGGAGCACAGUGCCUUCGUCUAGUCCGCCCAGGGUUGGAGAGUAUGGCAGCGCCGAGGCACGACUCUCUCGAGCCCAUCCGCCUUUGCCGCGACAGGCUAACCAAGGUGGAGCACAAUGCCAUCGGGGCCGGCGAGCCAAGGGCAGGCGAGCGCGGCAGCGCCGAAGCACAGCCUUCUGGAGCCACUCCGCACUUGCCCCAGCAGACGCACUAUGGCAGCGCACAGGAGAUGCACCCCUGCUGCCGGAGCCGCGGUGCCAUGCAUCCCGCCGACGCCCUGUGGCUCGACCUCGACAGCGGGGGGCGGCUCCCCCUUCUUCACUUCGGAGUCCCCGUGCAGGGCAAGAGGCGCGAGAGCCACGAGGGGAAGGGCAGGCUCCACUCCGACAGUCGCGCACUGCGCACUGCGCUCCCCGGAGCGUGGCCCUGCCCAGGAGCCCUCGACGAGGCGGAAGGGCGGCGGGUCCGGGGAGGCGGCGAGAAGGACGGCCACGCAGCCCGCAAGGAUGCCUGCGAGAUCCACCUGUCCAACCUGCCCUGGGAGGCCGACGGGGACACGGUCCGCCGGGACUUCGCCAAGUUCGGACAGAUCAAGAAGUUUUUCUUCAAGCAGGACGCGGACGGGAAGUCGUUGGGCAAGGCGACCAUAUUCUACAGCAGCCCAGAGGAGCGCGACAAAGUGUUGCUGCUCGACAACAUCGAGUACAAAGGCCGCGAGAUCCGGGUUCGCCGAAGGAGCCCGCGGAGGAGGAGCGGCGUGCGGACCCGCGCCGCGACGAGAGGCAGAGACGACUGA